UAUAUUGUCAAAUUAAAGUUACGAAUGAAGAUGGUAGUGAAGAACCCUGUAAUCAUCAAUAUGGAUUAACAACUGGGACAGGAAAUUUAAAAGCUCAUCUUCGCCAAGCUCAUAGAAUUUUGCCUCCUGAAAAUAAUAAAAAUAAUUCAUUAAACAAAAUAGUUUCAAACCAAACAUCAUUACAUGAUUUCGUAAAUAAAAGAAUUCCGCUACCACUUUCAAAACAAGAUAAAAUCGCAAGUCGUGUUCUAGCUUGGAUUGUAGACGAUCUUCAACUGUUUAACGCUAUUACUAAUAACUACUUUCAAAAUAUGAUUCUUGAGUGUGAGCCAAGAUUUGAGUUUCCAUGUCACGAUAAACUAAAAGAGAAGUUAAUGCAAUCAGUGCUAUUUGCUGAACAACAGCUUAAGGAUUUAAUGCAAACAACAAUGGAUUCUUUUAGUUUUACAAUAGACCUGUGGUCUCAAGUACAUCAACCUUACAUUGGCGUAACUAUUCACUGGAUUAGUCCCGAAUUUUCCUUAUACCAAGCUCUUCUUACAAUUCAAAAGUUUGAUUAUCCUCAUACUGGUGAUCGAAUUGAAGACUUUUGCCAACAACUUUUUGUCCAAUGGGGAAUAUACGGAAAACUUUUUGGAGCUUCGACCGAUAACACCUUGUCAAUGGUUAAAGCAAUGGAUCAACUUGGCAUUGAACAUAUAGGUUGUACAGCACAUAGAAUUCAACUUGCAUUAGGAGAUGGAUUUGGUAUUGCAGAAGUUGAUAAUUUGAUUAAUAAAGCAAGAACAUUAAAUAGUCACAUAAGUGGUAAAGAUAAAUACCGUAAACAACUUCGUAGGUUACAAGCCGAAUUAGAUCCACAACAUUUAAUUAAUCCUCUUUCAAGCAAUACUAGAACUCGUUGGAGUUCUACUUACAAUCUUUUAAAAAAUCUUCUGUUUCUUCGCAAUGCUAUCAUGCACUUAGCUGAUAAUUUACAACAAAGUGUUAAUCGACAAGAAAGACAAGAUGGAAUGAAAAUUUUAGAACUUCUGUUGUCUGUAGAUAAGUGGAAUUCAUUAGAUGAGUUGGCACAGCUUUUACUCCCUUUUGCACAGGCGACUGGAUAUAUUAGAGGAAGUCAAUACCCGACCUUAGGAAUGAUGAUACCUACUAUUAUUAAACUUUCACGUCAUCUACAGGAUUUUUAUCCAAGAAUUACAUCUGCGGUAGUAAAAGCUUGUUGCAUUAAAAUUAACGAAUCAAUGUUGUCAAGAUGGUCUGAACCUUCGCCUAAUAGUUUAGUGGCUUCUUUUUUAGAUCCGAGGUUUAAAAAAAUGAAUUUUAUAACAUCUAGUAAAAAAAUAGAAACCAUUACCUACCUUUGUACUUCAUUUAGUAUUCAAGAACAAUCGACCUCUACCUGA